AUGCCGACAGCAUCAGCAACCCUUCUUGGCGCCGGUUCGGCGUUUAGGACCACAUCCGCAGAAGGCGCUACACAUCCACGAUUAAAACCCGCGGGGACAGCGGCACGAAGGUCCUUGUCGUCGACUUCGGGGGCUCGUGGCGGCAGCGCGUCCCGGCAGGCUCGCGCCGAACGUCGAAGCACCUCUCCGCUUGUGACGAGCCGCCACAACUACGUGCCUUUGCCGCGAUACCCAGACCAGCAACUGCGACAGUACUUCCACACGUAUUUCGUCACGCAUCUUCCCUCGUCGUCGCUUCAUCCGGACUCGCACCGCACCAUUGGCCCCGGCCACAAACUGCCCCGCGAUGCGUCGACCCCCCAUACGCCGAGUCCCGGUCUGUCUCCCGCCGCCGUGUCCAUUCCCAACAUGCAGAGUCGAGACCUGACUGUGGUCCGCAUACCGCUGCGGAGGGCGAAGCAUCAUUUCGGCUCCGCGACGGCCAGGGGGAGCAGGCCGUAUAACGAGGAUACGGACCAGGCCGGCACGGUGGACAUACCUGCCUUCGCGAAGAGGGGUCCCAUGAGCGUGAGGCAAAAACCAGGCGAAGCCACUCCGGCCGACAGCGUGUUGGGCGAUCCUCAAAUAUUCUACUUUGGCGUCUUUGACGGCCACGGAGGCACACAAUGUUCUCACUUCCUACGAGACGAGCUACACGGAUACAUUGAGGAGGCAGCCAUUGAGUUCGGCCUGCAAAGCAGCCUGCGAAAGAGCAAGCCCGGGAGAGACCAGCAAAAGCCCGCAAUCGGCGAAAAGCCGACGUCAAAACAACGAGCCCUUGACUCGAUUGACAUGAAAUCCGCCAAGGACGUCGAAACGAAAAUGGACGUGCCCGACGCGGAGAACCGCAGAUUCGUCGGCGACCCGCCGAACCACGGACAGGCCCUCCCGAGCGCCAAAUCACCACCGGCCGAGUCGCAGAACAUGGACAAGGCCAUCAGACUCGAGCGCGACCUCGUCAAGGCCUACGGAACCACCAUAGGCGGCUACUUUCGCCGCUUCAACCCGGAGCAUUUCGACACGUCCCCCGAAGCUGGCAAGCAGGCCUCCAUCACGGUCGAGUCCAGCCUGGCGUACGCCUUCCUCCGCGCCGACCUGGAUUUUGUGUCGGCGCAAGCUCGCAAAGCCGACCCGGACGACUCGGACCAGCCCCUCAACGACGACGAGAUCCUGGGCGCCCCCCACGCGACGCCGUCGGGCCACGGCAUCGGCGGGACCACGCGCUUCAAGGGCGGCUCGACGGCCUCGGUGGCACUCAUAUCGACGCCCACGACGGCGCCGUUCUGGCACCCGGCCGCGCACUCGACCCUCGUGGCCGCGCACGUGGGCGACUCGCGCAUCCUGCUGUGCGAGACGGCCACCGGCCUCCCGCACCCCCUGACGUCGGACCACCACCCCACGACGCCCACGGAGAGCCGGCGCCUCCGCCGCUACGCGCCCGCCGGCUCCAUGGUCACGGGCGACUCCUUUGGCGAGGAGCGCAUCGCGGGGCUCGCCAACUCGCGCGCCUUUGGCGACAUCAAGUCCAAGCGCAUCGGGGUGUCGGCCGAGCCCGAGAUCACGCGCGUGGAGAUGGGCCCCGCCGAGUUCUCCUUCCUCGUCCUCAUGAGCGACGGCGUCUCGGGCACCCUGAGCGAUCAGGAGAUCGUAGACGUCGUCAAGGAGGCCAAGACGCCCGAGCAGGGCGCGCGCAACGUCGUCGAGUACGCGACCGAGGUGUCCAGGGACGGCGACAACGCCACCUGCCAGGUUGUCCGGCUGGGCGGGUGGGAGAGACGGUCCGAGGGCGGGCUGGGCAGCAUGGGCACCAAGGAGAUUAGGGACAUUAGGAAAGCGGAGGCGCAGGACCCCAGGAGGGGCAAGAGAUGA